CCAUGGCGUCCAACAUGGACCGGGAGAUGAUCCUGGCGGAUUUUCAGGCAUGUACCGGCAUUGAAAACAUCGAUGAAGCUAUUACAUUGCUUGAACAAAAUAACUGGGACUUGGUGGCAGCUAUCAAUGGUGUAAUACCCCAGGAAAAUGGCAUUCUACAAAGUGACUUUGGAGGUGAGACCAUGCCAGGACCCCCAUUUGAUCCAGCAAGUCACCCCGCUCCAGCUCCAACCCCUUCAUCUUCAGCGUUCCGACCUGUAAUGCCAUCCAGACAGAUUGUAGAAAGGCAGCCUCGAAUGCUGGACUUCAGAGUUGAGUACAGAGACAGAAAUGUUGAUGUGGUACUUGAAGACAGCUGUACUGUUGGAGAGAUUAAACAGAUUCUAGAAAAUGAACUUCAGAUACCUGUGCCUAAAAUGCUGUUAAAAGGCUGGAAGACUGGAGAUGUGGAAGACAGUACGGUCUUAAAAUCACUACACUUGCCAAAAAACAACAGUCUUUAUGUCCUUACACCAGACCUGCCACCACCUUCAUCAUCUAGUCAUGCUGGUGCCCUGCAGGAGUCAUUAAAUCAAAACUUCAUGCUGAUCAUCACCCACCGAGAAGUCCAGCGGGAGUACAACCUGAACUUCUCAGGAAGCAGUACCAUUCAAGAGGUAAAGAGAAAUGUGUAUGACCUUACAAGUAUACCUGUUCGACAUCAGUUAUGGGAGGGCUGGCCAGCUUCUGCCACUGAUGACUCAAUGUGUCUUGCGGAAUCAGGGCUCUCUUAUCCCUGCCAUCGGCUUACUGUGGGCAGAAGAACUUCACCUAUACAGACCCGCGAGCAGUCAGAGGAGCAAAUCACGGAUGUUCAUAUGGUUAGUGAUAGUGAUGGAGAUGACUUUGAAGAUGCUUCAGAAUUUGGAGUGGAUGAUGGAGAAGUAUUUGGCAUGGCAUCCUCUGCCCUGAGAAAAUCUCCAAUGAUGCCAGAAAACGCAGAAAAUGAAGGAGAUGCCUUAUUACAAUUUACAGCAGAGUUUUCCUCAAGAUAUGGUGACUGCCAUCCUGUAUUUUUUAUUGGUUCAUUAGAAGCUGCUUUCCAAGAGGCCUUCUAUGUGAAAGCCCGAGACAGAAAGCUUCUUGCUAUCUACCUUCACCAUGAUGAAAGUGUACUAACCAACGUGUUCUGCUCACAAAUGCUUUGUGCUGAAUCCAUUGUUUCUUAUCUGAGUCAAAAUUUUAUAACCUGGGCUUGGGAUCUGACAAAGGACGCCAACAGAGCAAGAUUUCUGACUAUGUGCAAUAGACACUUCGGCAGUGUUAUUGCACAGACCAUUCGGACUCAAAAAACAGAUCAGUUUCCACUUUUCCUGAUUAUCAUGGGAAAACGGUCAUCUAAUGAAGUGUUAAAUGUGAUACAAGGUAAUACAACAGUGGAUGAGUUAAUGAUGAGACUCAUGGCUGCAAUGGAAAUUUUCUCAGCCCAACAACAGGAAGACAUAAAGGAUGAGAUGAAACUUUACCUGAAUCUUUCAUUUAAGGAUGAACGUGAAGCCAGAGAAAAUGUGAAGAGAGAGCAAGAUGAGGCCUAUCGCCUUUCCCUUGAAGCCGACAGGGCAAAGAGAGAAGCUCAUGAGAGAGAGAUGGCAGAACAGUUUCGUUUGGAGCAGAUUCGCAAAGAACAAGAAGAGGAGCGAGAGGCCAUCAGACUUUCCUUAGAACAAGCCCUGCCUCCAGAGCCAAAGGAAGAAAAUGCUGAGCCUGUUAGCAAGUUGCGGAUCCGAACCCCCAGUGGCGAGUUCCUGGAGCGGCGUUUCCUGGCCAGCAGUAAGCUCCAGAUUGUCUUUGAUUUCGUGGCUUCCAAAGGAUUUCCAUGGGAUGAAUUCAAGUUACUGAGCACCUUUCCUAGGAGAGAUGUAACUCAGCUAGACCCCAAUAAGUCAUUAUUGGAGGUAAAGUUGUUCCCUCAAGAAACCCUUUUCCUUGAAGCAAAGGAGUAAACAUGACUCAGCGGUGGAAGCAGCCACUUCUGACAAGCCAGUGGCACAUGUCAAGAGAUGAGCUCCUCACCAACCCACCCACAUGCUCUUCUCACUCACUUCAAUGUCACACUUCUGCCUCUUGCAAGAUUGCUGGAAAAAAGUAAUAAACAUAGCUACUUAAAAUUUCCCAUCCAUGAGUGUAUGUUCCCCACCCCUCCUGAUGGAGUUCUGUAGCUCCAUUGCCCUCUCCUGAUACCUGCACUUUCACCCUUGUUUAAUAACUAACGUACUGUUAAGUGUCAGUGACCCCUGGUAGAACUUUUACCUCUCGAGUUCCCACCUUUCCCCUUCAAUGUCCAGGAUAGUUCUCUUUGUCCUUGACAUCAGAAUGCUGUGUAUUUGAUAUGUGUCAUUGAGCCAGGGCUCAUACCUCUGCUUUUUUAUGCCCAUAACUAGAUUUUAAGUUUAUCACCUAAUUUUAAAAGGCAGCAAACAAAAGUCAAUUAGGACAUUCUUGGCCUGGAGUUUAGACAUUUUGGGGUAGGGAAAUAUAUCAUAUAUCUGACUCCUUUACUAAGACGUGAGUUUUUGUUGGAGGACUGAUUUGACAUAUAUGAAAAGUAUUUAUUAUAUACUGCUGUCAUGACCUCCAUAUUCCAUCUUGGAGGAAUUUUUUGUUUCAUUGCAGCCUGGGGAACUGAUCAAGUACACAGUGUGUUGAGGUAGUAUGCAGAGACUGCCAGUACUAAGACUUGCUAUUGGCCAGCUGUGGGAAGCUGUUACUCAGCUUACAUUGAGGCAUUUAGAAUUUCCCAGGUACCUGCUACCAAGUUGCUGGCACAUCAGUGUACACCACACACAAUUCUCCUGCUUUUCCUCCCUCUUCUACUUCAUACAGCUGUCACUUGGUGGGGUGUUUGUUUCCUUUUUUAGGCUUUUGGGGACCAGAUCUCACUAUGUAGCUCAGGCCUCAAACUUGCAGUCAUCUACUUCAGCUUCCCAAGUGGUAGGAUAACAGGCAUGCCCCAUAAUACCUGGCCAUCACUUGGUGUUUUAAACACCUUCUCUAUUGCCAAAAUCAGCUGCCCUGUGGAGUCUCCUGCAAUAAGGGACUUGCUCUAUAAUUUUAGUUUUUGGAUGUUUUAAUAUUAGAUAUUGGAUUUAUAUCCCAAAUAAAAGGUAUCUCAUCCUUUGGCUAAAAAUUCAGACUUCAUAUAUUUAAGAGAGCAAAUUUGGGGGCUUAGCCUAGAAUUCAUGUGUUGCCUGAAUUGAUAUGUAGUAAUCUGGGGUUUGAUUUGUAGAUGUGGACUUCGUUAAUCUAUGGAUUUAGGAUUUGGGGUAGUUCAUAAGAAUAUUUAUAUCUUCACAGCCAAACAAGUUCCUUUUAGUCUUGAAAUGUUCUCUAUGGAGGUUUUUGUAUCAUCUCUAGUCUUUAUCUUUAGAGCUGGCCUCCCAGUCUGGUUAUUUUGUAAGUGUGUUAGGUGUGUUUCCCUGGUUCCAUUAUGGGGUUCUGAGAAGACUUAACCAAAGCUGAAGAUAUGUCUGGUCACUUUUCCCUCUACUCAAAAAGUAUUGGCCUGGAAAAGUCACCUGUUUUCCUCUGAUGCUCAGCCAAGAACGUUCCCUGAAAACUCUUCUGAGGGAUUGUUGCUAAUGCCACUACGCUUCAUCCGCCAACUGCCUGAGAAGAAGGGAGCUGACUGUGAAGGGAGUUCCACCUAAGCACUUUCUCUCCAGCUCUGCUCCUUCCUUCCUUCCUAAUCGAGUGGCACCACAAGCUGACAUUUCCGAAGCUGCAGCUGUACUAGGGCACCAGCUCUUUUUCCAGCUAGACCUUGUUCUGUAGCUGCUGUGAGAAGCCACGGCCCUGAACUCAAGCCAUACUCAGAAACAGCAGCCAGGGUAUGGGCAGGGGUUUGAGAGGUCUCUGAACUCACUCUUAUGUUUAACCUGUUCCAUCUGAUCUGGAUUUGACUUCAUUAUAUGAUUCCCUACCAUUCCUGUUUACUUCUGUAUACCAACAUAUAGACUUUACUCUGAAACCAAUUUCCUAAACCUUAUUAAAUGUUACUUGAAUGUGUGUGAAA